CUGUUUCUUCUGGAUGGCAUCCUGCACGAGACCGGCCACUCCUUGGCCGACUUUGGACUUCCGUCUGCGACACGAGAUUGGGAAGGUUCUACAGGCAAUCGGCUUAUUGCAGAGGCCAUGGCAUUCGACAUUGGUCAAGAGCGUGUCCUGGGCACAACACAACGAGACUCCCUAAAUCCUGAACAACGUGAGGCAUUCAAUCAAAUCUUCAAUUCCGUGCGCGAUCGCCUAGGGAAGCGCUUCUUCCUUCAUGGCCCGGGAGGCACAGGAAAGACAUACCUGUACAGCACCCUAUCUCACGUCCUGCGUGGAGAUGCCGCCAUCGUUCUAUGCGUUGCUUCCUCAGGAAUCGCCGCUCUCCUUCUACCCCAUGGCCGCACGGCGCACUCGACGUUCAAGAUUCCCGUGGAGCGCCUAACAGAGGACUCUACCUGCGCCAUCCCAAAGGACAGCCUUCUAGCAUCCCUCCUCCGUGUAACCUCCCUUAUCGUC